GAGGAGGGGAAGGGGAGAGGAGGCCGGCCGCAGCCUCUGCACUCAGGCCGCCCCCACGCGUACAGCGCACCUGGUGCCGCCUGCCCUCCGAAGCUCUUGCCUCUUUCUCUGGGAGGACAACCUGCUGACCCCAGACCAGGAUGGAUGGCAGACGGCAAUGUCCCUGCUGGGCCUGGUCCCUGCUGGUUCUGGUGGUUGUGGCUAGGGAUGCAAAGUCAAGCGGGGCCACGGACAACAGCCCGACAUUCAAUAGCCUGGAGGGGGGCGCCGACGCCAUGGCCUUCUGGUGGGGGGAGUGGACAAAGUGGACGGCGUGCUCCCGCAGCUGCGGGGGCGGGGUGACAUCCCAGGAGCGGCACUGCCUGCAGCAGAGGAGGAAGUCCAUCCCGGGCCCCGGGAACAGGACCUGCAUGGGCACGUCCAAGCGGUACCAGCUCUGCAGAGUGCAGGAGUGUCCGCCGGACGGGAGGAGCUUCCGUGAGGAGCAGUGCGUCUCCUUCAACUCCCACGUGUACAACGGGCGGACGCACCAGUGGAAGCCUUUGUACCCGGAUGACUAUGUCCACAUCUCCAGCAAGCCGUGUGACCUGCACUGCACCACCGUGGAUGGCCAGCGGCAGCUCAUGGUCCCCGCCCGCGACGGCACCUCCUGCAAGCUCACCGACCUGCGAGGGGUUUGCGUGUCUGGAAAAUGUGAGCCCAUCGGCUGUGACGGGGUGCUUUUCUCCACCCACACGCUGGACAAGUGCGGCGUCUGCCAGGGGGACGGUAGCAGCUGCACCCACGUGACAGGCAACUAUCGCAAGGGGAAUGCCCACCUCGGUUACUCUCUGGUGACCCACAUCCCAGCUGGUGCCCGAGACAUCCAGAUUGUAGAGAGGAAGAAGUCUGCGGAUGUACUAGCUCUUGCAGACGAAGCUGGCUAUUACUUCUUCAAUGGCAACUACAAGGUGGACAGCCCUAAGAACUUCAACAUCGCUGGCACAGUGGUCAAGUACCGGCGGCCCAUGGAUGUCUACGAGACGGGAAUCGAGUACAUCGUGGCACAGGGGCCCACCAACCAGGGCCUGAAUGUCAUGGUGUGGAACCAGAACGGCAAAAGCCCCUCCAUCACCUUUGAGUACACGCUGCUGCAGCCUCCGCACGAGCACCGCCCUCAGCCUAUCUACUACGGCUUCUCCGAGCCUGCCUCCGAGAGUGCUGAGAGCCAGGGCCUGGACAGGGCCAGGCUCAUGGGCUUCGUGCCGCACAACGGCUCCCUGUACGGCCUAGCCUCCUCAGAGCAGCUGGGCCUGGACAACCGGCUGUUCGGCCACCCCGGCCUGGAGAUGGAGCUGGGCCCGAGCCAGGGCCAGGAGACCAACGAGGUGUGCCAGCAGGCCGGCGGCAGGACCUGCGAGGAGCCCCCCAGGGGCAAGAGCUUCCGAGACCGCAACACCACGGGGACGACUCUCACCGGGGACAAGGAUGAACAAGAGGUCGACACCCACUUCGUCUCCCAGGAGUUCUUCUCGGCGAACGCCAUCUCUGACCAGCUGCUGGGCGCAAGCGCUGACUCGAAGGACUUCACCCUCAACGAGACCGUGAACAGCAUCUUUGCUCAGGGUGCCUCGAGGAGUUCCCUGGCUGAGAGCUUCUUCGUGGAUUAUGAGGAGAAUGAGGGGGCUGGCACUUACCUGCUCAACGGGUCCUACCUGGAGCUGAGCAGUGACAGGAUUGCUAACAGCUCCUCCGAAGCCCCGUUCCCCAACGUCAGCAGCAGUCUGCCCACCUCGGCCGGGAACAGGACUCACAAGGCCAGGACCAGGCCCAAGGCGCGCAAGCAAGGCGUGAGUCCCGCGGACAUGUACCGGUGGAAGCUCUCGUCCCACGAGCCCUGCAGUGCCACCUGCACCACAGGGGUCAUGUCCACGUACGCCAUGUGUGUCCGCUACGAUGGCGUCGAGGUGGACGACAGCUACUGUGAUGCUCUCACUCGCCCUGAGCCUGUCCACGAGUUCUGCGCCGGGAGGGAGUGCCAGCCCAGAUGGGAGACGAGCAGCUGGAGUGAGUGUUCGCGCACAUGUGGAGAGGGCUACCAGUUCCGCGUUGUUCGCUGCUGGAAGAUGCUCUCGCCCGGCUUCGACAGCUCCGUGUACAGCGACCUGUGCGAGGCAGCCGAGGCUGUGCGGCCCGAGGAGCGCAAGACCUGCCGCAACCCCGCCUGCGGGCCCCAGUGGGAGAUGUCAGAGUGGUCGGAGUGCCCUGCCAAGUGUGGGGAGCGCAGUGUGGUGACCAGGGACAUCCGCUGCUCGGAGGAUGAGAAGCUGUGUGACCCCAACACCAGGCCUGUUGGGGAGAAGAACUGCACGGGCCCCCCAUGCGAUCGGCAGUGGACCGUCUCUGACUGGGGACCGUGCAGUGGAAGCUGCGGGCAAGGCCGAACCAUCAGGCACGUGUACUGCAAGACCAGUGACGGACGGGUGGUACCCGAAUCUCAGUGCCAGAUGGAGACCAAGCCUCUGGCCAUCCACCCCUGUGGGGACAAAAACUGUCCUGCCCACUGGCUGGCCCAGGACUGGGAGCGGUGCAACACCACCUGCGGGCGCGGAGUCAAGAAGCGGCUGGUGCUUUGCAUGGAGCUGGCCAACGGGAAGCCGCAGACACGCAGCAGCCCCGAGUGUGGGCUCGCCAAGAAGCCUCCGGAGGAGAGCACGUGCUUCGAAAGGCCCUGCUUCAAGUGGUACACCAGCCCUUGGUCCGAGCCUCUGUCGGAGCUUUCCAUCCCAGGAAAGCUUCUCAACUCCACCACAUCAGCUGGUGUGAGAGCCACCGCCUCCAGGAAGCCUUCUCUGCUCUUGUCCCUGGGAUCCCUACAGCACUGGUCCUGGGCCUUUUUGGGCCCAGGAACUCUGGCCUAUGAGUUGCGUGUUUGGCAGCCCAUGUGCCUGACACCAUGGGAUAGACAGACCCCAGGUGGGCACAGCGGGCAGACUGGGCUGAGUCAGACACGGGCCUGACCCUUCAGGAUCCAAGGCAGGAGCUUGGGAUUUAGGGAGAUGGUAACAGACAUGUGCCCCAGGUCAGGACAUGGGCAGGCCAGAAGAAAGGCAGCAAAUCUCCUACGUGGGUCCCACCCCUUUGAGUUUCCUAGACGAUUGAGCCUCCAGAAUGCCCAGCUCCAGGAUGUCAGGCAGGACAGAGCUGAGGUCUCGGCUCUCUGUGGAGGGGAGCAGAGCCUUCCCAUCCCAGGACCUUGAGGCUCGUGUGGUAGCUCUGGCCCAGCUCUUGGCCUGAAGAGUCUCCUCUCCCCCAAUAGUGCCAUGAGGAGGGGCCCUUUUCCCCAUUCCUCAGAGGAAGAAACUGACAUUCAGAGAGCUCUCUGGCCCACUUGGGGUCCCACAGUUACUGGGGGCUGUAGCAGACACUGUUGCUCAGGCCUGUCCGGCCCUAGAGUGAACCUCAGGUGGGGUGUGGCAUCUGUAAGGGAAGAGAGGCGUGAACCAGCUCAUCCUGAGGGGCCCAGAGCAGGGAGCCCUGAGGUGGGUGGGCAGCCCUGGUUUCACAGAGCGGGUGACAGGCUGAGCAUCCCCUUGCCCCAGUUGUCUCGAAGAGCAAAGAGAUUGCUUUCACCUUCCCUGCUGUGUUUUCCUUCCCCUCCACUUCCCAUGGGACCUCCAGGUGACUCCAGGGCCCCGCCCUGAGCCAGUGGGCGCCCCUCCACCUUCUGGGCCCCUGGAGGCCGAUCUGUCGAGACUCCAGCUUGAGUAACUCACAUCCGCCUCUGUGCCCCUUUCACAGCAUCGCCAGCCUUGGCCCCAGCCCCCUCCCACCUAGCGAUGCCGUCAGCUUCUGAGAGGGGCACCUGGGGCAUCCACAGGGUCUCUGGGAAUGACUGGGUGGGGACUGCCAUAGCCAGGCUGUGUACCUGGGCUCUCCAGCUACCUCUGGCCUCUGUUUCCUCAUGGGCCAACUCUGAAUACCCAGGCAACAAAAUAGGGGUGUCAGAUGGGACUCAGAGCCUGAAGUGUUCUUGUGUCUCAGGCCCUGGUGCCCGAGGGCUCCACAUCUUGGUUGCUGUGAUGGGUGGGUGCCAGAUCCUAAACCUUAUGAGUUCAAGGCACAGAGUCCGAGGGUCUGUGAGGACUGAGCUGGGGACCCCAGCGCAGCCCUGCUCAGAGUGGGGCCCUGGCCCUGGGCUCUGCGUGUACUCUGCGUGGCGUGUGGCCUUUAUCCUGCCCCUGCCCAGGGCCUCUGCCUGCCCUACAGCACAUACGCUUGUGCAGGAGGAAGGACAAACACUCGCUGAUUCCCUGUUGCCUGCUGAAGGACCCCCCAGGCAAGGAGGGGAAAGGCUGAGGGCAGGCCUGGGGCUUCCCAGGGGAGACAGGGGCUGAGCCAGGGCCAGAAGGCGGGGCAGGCUUUAGUCAGGAGUCAACUGGAGAGACCACAGUGUGCUGGGGCAGGAUGGCUCCUUCUGGAAAGGCCAAACCUGGUGGGAGGGGAGAGUGGGAAGGGGCGGGGAGGCUGAGUGGGGUUCCAAGGCCCUAGGGAGCCAGCUGAGGCCUGUAGUUUAGGAAGAGGGCUGGCUUCAGAUGGGGGCCACUGUGGAACCAGGAAAUAGGGACUCUCUAGGUGCAGGUACCUUGCUGGGUGAUGAGCAUGGCAUGGGGGAGCCAUGCAAGGAAGACCCCAGAAGAACACCCUGGAGUGCUGGGGAGGGGAACCCCCAGCCCCGAUGAGGAGGUGGCAAGGCCGGACGAGGUAUGGCUGGCAGAGACAGCCAGUGAGCACACACAACCACCUCCUUACUGGUGGUUGCCCCAGUGCUGCUGCAUAGUGGUGGCUCAGUCAGUGUUUGUUCCCCUAGCUGCCCAGUCCCAUCCACACCCCAGGGGUAGAGGAGCUGGCACCAGGGCUGGCUGGGAACGUGCUGCUCUCCAGAGGCACGUCCAGAGGCUCCUCAGGACACUGCCAAAGGCUGACUGUCCUCACGCCGUCAGUGCCAAGCCAGCCUCUCCUUGCCCGCAGACCGUGCCAGCCCCCACCCCCUGGCUCGGAACAGGCAGGCGGGCGGCCGUCUUUCUGCCAAGUCUUAAUCAGUCCUCCCCGCUCCUUUGCAAACAGAAGUGGAGAGUGAGCUCCAGGGCUGGGGCCUUCCACCCCGCCCACCUCAGAGAACCGAGGGUUGGGGUCCCAGACGUGCCUGGGUGAUGUGGGGUCACCCACGUUGGGGGAGUGUGAGGGAGCCACUGCCUGUGGGAUCUUGGCAGAAGGACAGCAGGGUGACUGCAGCCAGCAGAUGUCUCUGGUAUUCUGGGGAGCUCAGCGGGGUUUUCCAAGGGGAACAUCUGGACGGAGAGCCACUGGAGGGGUGGGUGGCUUCUCGAGAUGCAUUCUAUCGGCUUAUGACAAACGGUCUACACCACAGGCCCAGGAGAGCUGGGCCCAGAGGACCCUCUGGGAGAUGAGAGAGGAGGGACCAUCCCUCACUGUGCACCUGGGGAGACUGAGGCAGCCCUAGGUGGGAGAGAAUCAGAGCCCCCUGACCACCAGCCAGUGUCCUUUGGUCUCCACCUCAGCUCAGCCUGGGGCUGCAGGUCUGGUUUCCAAUGUGCUUCCCUGGGUUCCGUGUCAGCUUGGCCCACAGCUGCCUGGGAAAGGUGGGAUGGGGAAGUGUGAAUGUGCAGGUUCCCCACCUCCUGCCCAAGCCGCGGCCCCAUCAGGGGGCUUUCCCCACACCCACUGUCUCC